AUGCAUCGAAGCACACAGAACGCCCUCAUGGUCCUCGUCGUUAAAACUGUUCUCGUGGUCGCCUUUCUACCGUUUGUUGUGUCGUUGUCUUCAAGUAGAUGUCGUCUCUUACCCACAGAUGACAUUUGGCCAGCAACGAGAGAAUGGGACUCUUUCAAUCAUUCUAUCGACGGUCGUCUUAUCAAGACAGUCCCGAUUGGCUCACCUUGCCAUGACCAUAACUUUGACCAGGCGAAAUGCGACGUGGUUCGGGAUAGUUGGUCUAGCCCAGAGCUCCAUGAAGCACAUCCUUCCUCGAUUAUGUUUCCACUGUUUUUGAACAACACCUGUAGUCCCUUUACUCCCCGGGGAUUUCCAUGUCCAGUCGGUACAUACGUUCAAUACGCAGUCAACGUCUCCUCGCCCGAACAUGUCAUAAAGGCUGUCCGGUUCGUUAAAGAACACAAUAUCCGUUUCGUGGUCAAGAACACAGGACACGACUACAUGGGAAGAUCCACCGGGACAGGUGCAGUGUCCGUGUGGAUGCACAACCUUCAGAACAUCACAUGGCUUCCCAAUUUCAAGUCCUCUACCUAUUCUGGACCCGCUGUCAAGUCAUACGCAGGAGUUCGUGGCGUUGAUCUAGCAGCGUUUGUGAACAAGAGGGGUCAUACUGUCGUGAGCGGUGAAUGUCCUACCGUUGGCUUUACAGGAGGAUAUAUACAAGGAGCCGGUCACUCCGCCCUCACCAAUCUUUAUGGCCUGGCUGCCGAUCAAGCACUCGAAUUCGAGGUGAUUACAACGCAAGGCCAGCACCUCAUUGCCUCGGCGACUCAGAAUCAAGACCUUUUCUGGGCUUUGAGCGGCGGGGGAGGAGGGACCUAUGGCGUCGUAUGGUCUGUCACAGUGAAAGCUCAUCCAGAUACGUCUGUUUCCGCCGGUUUCCUCAAUUUCACGUCGACUGGCAUAACCCCCGACGUGUACUGGCAAGCCAUUAACGCAUAUCAAGCUCUCAUUCCAGGUCUUUCAGACUCUGGGCUCUUCGUGAUGGCCAAUUACUCGACUACGCUUUUCAACCUCAGUCCUAUCUUCGCUCCCAACAAGAGUGUCAGUGAGGUCACGACACUUUUUCAGCCUCUUGUGGAUUCUCUGCAAAACUUGGGCAUCAACUAUACUUCUACCAUUGAUUUGUAUCCCAACUACCUCGAGGCAUACAAAGCUAUGGACGCUUGGAAAGAAGAAAAUCUUCCCGUUGCCAACAUUGUACAAGGUGGCCGAUUGAUACCUAGAGCCCUUUGGAAUGACAACAGCACGUUCAGUGCCUGGAAGGAUGUUGUUCGCAACCUCACCGAGCGUUCUGACAGUGAUUGGUCUCACGAGAUGAUCUUGAGGCCAACCUUGCAGAUCUCCGGUCAUCCAGAAAAUGCUGUCCUUCCUGCAUGGAGAGAAGCACAAACCAUGUUUUUGCCGACCACGGUUUUCGAUGUCGCUACACCUUUCGAGAAAAUAGCUGAGGACCAAGCAAAGAUUACUACUCAGCUUACGCCACUCCUGAAAACGGUCACACCUGGCUCGGGGUCAUACCUGAAUGAGGCCGACCCCAACGAUCCCGAUUUCAAGGAGGCGUUUUACGGCGCAAACUACGACAAGUUACUCGCUAUCAAGGACAAGUGGGAUCCUGAUCAAAUCCUUUACGGUUCAAUUGCUGUUGGAGGAGAUAGAUGGCAACAGGAAGACGACGGAAGGCUUUGUAGAACGUGA